AUGGGCGUUUAUUACUCGAAGGGAGAACACGCGUUUGAAUAUCAACAACUUAAGAAAUGGACAAAAAAGGAAAACUGUGUUGUGAUAGGAGACUCUGACGCUGAUGGGUCUCUUUUGGAGGGUGGAUAUAUGGAGACGAUCAGGUUCAAGUCGAAUGUGUGUGUGAUAGUAUUUGACAAUAGAAAUAGUAUAUUUGGAGGGUAUUACCAAGUUCCCAUUAGUGAGGAGAAUACAUACACGACAGAUAAUGAUGCUUUUGUGUUUUCAUUUAUAACACCCCGUGGGAGUUCAAUACCACUGAGGCACAGAAUUUUUUAUUCCAAAAAAGACCGCGCCACAUAUUACUCAACCACAGAAGGGAAUAAGUACUUUUCUUUUGGGAAUAGUGAUCUUACGAUUUAUCCAAACAAAAGUGGGAGUUCAUAUUUGAGUACUUAUCAAAGAACGACAUGUUCUUCGUUGUCUGGGGAAGCCACUUUUAAGAUCACACGACUGAUCUUGGCUCAGAUGUUCAACGAUGAGGCUGAGAUCAUCUAA